CAGCAGAGCUGUCUGCUCUAGGGGUAGCGUGUUUGUAUCGUCAAAAGUCAACAGACCAGGCCGCUUUGAUACUGGAUCUCAUCUCGACCCCAGCCCCAAAAGUCAAUACGUCGAGAAAUAACGCGUGUUCCUUUGAUCCAAAUCUUGUCGCUUGCUGUCCGUACAGAGCACUUUAGCUCUUCACCGAGAUCGCCAGAGUGCACCCGGGCUCCUCUCACCUUCCCCUCACCUGGAUGGAGGAUCCUCAAUCGCUACGUCCAAAGCAGGCCGCCUGUCUGGUCUGUCGCCGAAGCAAGAUCAAGUGCGACUAUUCUCCGCAUGAGAACAAAUGCAAGAGGUGCAUUCAGCUCGAUUCUGAGUGCAUACGGCCUACGUUCCACGCUGGAAGACAGAAGGGAAUCAAGAACAAGCGAAAGGGCCUAGACAAAGCUCUAUAUCAGAUUGAGCAGGCCAUCAAAAGAGCCAGAACCGGUGAACACAACUCCGAAGAUGACAAGGCCAUCGGCAGUCUCCAGGCGCUCCUGGAGGGCUCUCGAAAUGCUCGGUCAACUACCGCCUCCUCUCACUUAAGGCGGGGUUCAUCGCAUUUCAACAGCCCCGACCAACCCGACCUCUCAUCUGACGAUGAUGAUGACCUGGACAACACCCCAGACAGCAACACUUAUAUGAGUUUGCAUCAUCACAACGAGGAGAGCCUGGCAAUCGACGAUGCCGAAAACCCGCUCCAACUCCUGGCGCGCGCCUCGAAUCUGCAGCUUUCGCCCAAGCCCAUCAGUGGCCUCUCGCCAAAGCAGCCAGGUCCCCGCGCCGGGCGCAAGAAGCAGGUCGAACAACCCGAUGAGGACUUGGAGAUCCAGUCCUUCUUCACCUCUGUUCGCGUCAACUUCGAUGUCGGCGAUGACAUAGAUCCCAUCACCAUGGGUCUUGUAACUGAAGAAGAGGCAGAAUCAUUAUUUGCUUUCUUCCAUGGCAAACUUGCCCACACCCGAUGGGGACUUGAUCCCAAGAUCUACACUCCAUCAUUCACGCGUUCACGAUCUGCCUUCUUGUGCACCUCCAUCAUGGCCGCAUCGGCCCUGUUCCUUCCAUCCGCUGGUGCCUUGUCCAAGAGACUGUCAAACCAUUGCAAGACCCUCGCACAUAGAGUCAUCGCGAACCGACACAAGUCCGUCGAGAUUGUUCUUGCAUUCAUGGUCAACGUUCCAUGGAUGUUUCCUGGCCAGCAUAGUACUGAUGAUGAGACUUGCUGGUAUGUCAAUAUGGCUGCCACUAUCGCCAUUGAUCUGUCCUUGAAUAAGCUCCUCAUCCCAAUGGAAGUUGUUGGUUCCGGUUCGAACAUGGCCUUGUCCCGGGGAGACUGCCUUGAUCCUCGGACAGCGCUGGCCAUGGACGGCUUCAGCCACAUUGAACAUACCUCUGAUCUUGGACAACGCCUUCUUCGUCGCCGUGAGCGCUGCUGGAUCGCACUCUUCGUUCUUGAACGAGGCAUGUCUCUAGCUCGCGGCCGACCUUAUACCGUGCCCAUCACGCGGGUCAUCAAAGACUGCGACCAAUGGCAUCGGUCCAGCAUUGCUGACCCCAUGGAUGGUCAUUUAGUCUCAAUGGCCGUCCUUCGCCGAGAUCUCGACGGACUACUCAACACAGUCCGCGCGCUCUGCGAUGGGUCGCAGGGAAUAUCUACGGACGGCGGGCUCAUCGCCCAGUCGAUCCAGAGUGCUAUUGAGAGAUUCUUCGAUCAAUGGCUCACCGAAUGGGGCUACGCCAUUGGCACAGGCCCCCAGCGCCGACUCCCUCCGUACGUUGAGAUUCUCGUCACCCACACCCGGCUCUCGACGUACGGAGGCGUCAUCAACCACCCGACCGCCCCAAUGGAAGUCCGUCAAUUCUUCCGUACGGCCGGGCUAUCGUCUGCUGUGACGGUCAUGCGAGCAGCGAUCCAAGGAGAGUCGCAGCUUCAGUCGAUCCCGAACAACACGACAAUCAUGGUCUCGUUUGCAGCCUGUUUUGCCCUGACUCUGAGCGCCUACGCCACGGGCAGCUCGAACUUGGCACCUAGCAUUCGGAACCUCAUUGAAGAAACGGCAGAUGUCUUGGAACGUAUUGGCUCUGCCACAAAGCACAGAAAUGGCUUGUCUACACUCUACGGAAAAUACCUAAGACGUAUCGUCAGGAAGGCGGCCACAGCCAUGGAUGGGCAGCCUCAGACGAGUAUGCAACCUGAUCCCACCAUCCCUCGUAGUGGUCAACUCGGAACGCCCUCGUCGGCUGUUGCUGCCUCGCCUCCCGUCAAUAUGGGGCCACCAGUCUCGCAGCCGCCUUACAUGGAGUCGCAGCUAUGGCCUGGGACUUUGCAGUUCUCUGCCAUGUCUGACGACCAGAUUGCCGAGGUUCUUAAUCAGCCAGGCAACGAGUUCGACCCUUCAUUUGCAGGCCUGUCCUGGGACGAUAUGAAUAACUUUGACUGGCUCAGCUGGCCGAAUUUGACAGAAUUUGGGUUCUAGAGAAACAACCACCUCUCGGUUUGCCAUGUGGCGCACAUUAUGCCUUCAUGGUUUCGACCGGGGCGGCGAACUGCCACUGCGUCAGUUUCCGCAGCUGUUCCAUGAACACAAAAGUCAGGACAGUAUUCGGCCUUCAGUACACAAUUCAUUAGCAACAUUAUCGACAUUUCUUUUCCUUAUGGAUGUGACUUACGUCAAUCUCAACCACGCCGGAGUCCAUCCCUUCAUCAAGAAAAUUGCUCCUUCUUCCCUCAGACCCGUCUGUACAAUACGAAGCAAAGACUAGGUUCGAUUAGUCGGUUUCUCUGCAAGGACCGGGACUGGGCCUGUCCACUCACGUUUGCCCCUGGGCCGCUUGCAGCAGCACUUUGAAUUCUGCUCUUGAGGACAUCAGCUGGCGCGCAAAUCGUUGUCGCCGCAGUCCCAGCAAAGAGGGAUGCCACGGCAUGUGUUUUGAUAUCAUCCUUCAUUUCAGUCUUUUGCAGAAGGAUGCGUUUUGCUGUUGAAUAUCUGUUUCGUGCUUUCGUGUCAGUUUUGCUUGUGUUAUUUAGUCCCUUCACCCAGGGACGUCCACUCAUUUGGCACUCACGUGGCGAUUUGUCCCACAUCUAUCAUUCGACAUCAGCUUCAAUAAAAUCCUACAGUCGUUUCCGAGGUUUUGGCUUGACUUACUCAUGAGUAUACUGCGCACCACAUUGGCAGAUAUGCCUCGUGUGAAUGCUCCCCCACCCUCUUCACGACCUAUCCUGUAUAGCCCUUCGACAGCAUUGGAGUAAGCGAACCGUUCGCCGACAUUCUUGGCUCCAUCGGCGCACAUGCGGACGAGGACAACCUAACACCUGUGAGAGUCUGGGCUGAACAGUGGAGCGACGCCGGCCAUACCUCAGCAGGAUUUCCAACCAGCCCUGCCAUGCCUCCAGCCAACCCAG